CUGCGGAACGCGGUCGUACGCGGCCGACCGACGGUGGCGCUUCGGCUUUAAACGAACUCUCCGGUGGCGCCGAAGGAAGGAAAGAUCGUCUCGCGGUCGGGAUCGCCUCGAUUCGCCGCGAUACUACACACACGGUCCCGAGUUCGAAUGGGGAGAGCGCGUUCGAACGUCGCCGCGCGAUGCGUUCGUUCUCUCCGUUCCGCGCCACAAUUUCUUAGCCGAGCGUGUGCGGGAAUCGUUACAUCGUCGUUUUAUUUUUUUCAAAUGUCGCGCGAUCUUUGAGGAGGACCGUCGCGCACGCAACGCGAGCGUUGAAACCGCACACGGGGGAGGCGAAGAACGUCUCGCGCGAACCGCGCGAACGCUCGACUGAGGAGAAGAAACUUCGAGACGAGAAGCGCCGCGAGGAGAGAAGAGAAGAGAAGAAGAAGAAGAAACAGGGCAAAUCCAUCAGCAACAGAGACCGGGACGACGAUUCAUAUAUUUUCGGACUCUCUCUUUCGGCUCCGCUUCCUCUCUUCCGUCGAUUCAGGUUCCAACUCGCCUCCACCCUCCCCACCGACGCGCUGCGCCCUCCUCGUUUCAAAGCCAGGAGCGGUUGCGCAAGCAAGGUAUUCGGAAAUAACCCGGUGGGUCGCAGUUAUGAAUUGAUAGCAAACACAUGGUGGACACGCCGUGAGCCCGCCGCACAGCCAGUGCGCCUUCCGGUCUCUUCGGCUUCUCUCUCGGCUUCUCCUCUUCUCGCAACGUGACCGCCGCUUCGCGACGGCCUCUCUCGUCGUCAUUGACAGGUCGGGACAUUGUCGGUGUCCGGUUGCCGCGCGUGUAACGCGCGUAAUAAUUGCACGUGUGACGUUCGAUGGCACUGACAAACAUUGUUAUUGUUGUUACGACCGACGACGCUUGUACUUCGCGAAAAGUGUGUUCGAACAACGUGAUUUCUUUCGCGACACUUAUACGUGAGGCUGACUGUGCGAUAAAAACUGUGUUUUUGGUUCGACGCACAGAAGGAGGGAUGCAAUAUGGGAUAGAACAGGAAAGAGUUUUCUCGGCAUAAAAAUCCGCGUCGAGACGAUGAGGAUUCGCGACGAGGAUCGACAUGUAAUUGCCGAUCGAGUUUUGUUGUUGUCACACGGGUGGGACCGAGUCGGGUUCCGCGGCGACAAACCGAGUAUCUCUUCGAUCAUACUGAGUGAUACGCAACUGUGAGAGAGAAUCUUUCUCUAUCGAAUAGUGUGUGAAACUCACGUGCGAGUACACACGUGAUCCAAAAAAAAAAAAAAAAACCAGUACGAAUGACAACUCCGGACUACGUGCAUGUGCAGUGAUUACACAAGUUUGGCACUCAUGUACGUUGAUUACGGCGGCGACACUUAUGCCGGAAUGGGAAUCAAGGCCAUGAAGUCCUUUGGCAGGUCCAGAGAUAUACCGGCGCAAGUGCCGCCAUUAACACCGGGGACCAACAAGAAGAUGACCGAGGCUCUGGAGGCCUCCUUCGCAUCUUGGGAAAAGGAACGACUGCGCUUGAACAUAACUAAAGAUCCGAGGCAAUGGUCGGAAACAGCUGUUGCUCAUUGGCUGCACUGGGCUAUCAGGGAGUUCUCCCUGGAAGGUGUGGCGAUGCAGCCGUGGCAGCACAUGACCGGGAAACAGAUUUGUGCCAUGGGGAAAGAGUCCUUUCUAGCACGUGCCCCCAGCUACACGGGCGACAUUCUUUGGGAACAUCUCGAGAUCCUGCAGAAAGAUGUCGACGCAGCAAAGGCCUCAGUGGAGAACGUGCCGGCGAACUUGUAUGAAAGUGUAUGCGUGCCAGAUUUAGGUGAUUUUUUGGCGUACCAGAGCGGCGGUCAUCACGUGACACCCACGGAGCAUAAAAAUCCUCCGUCUACGCCGGUCGGUUCAGUCACCAAUUCCUCCGGUCCUCCUCAGAGCGCUACGCAACCCCCGGUACAACCCUCUUCGGGCGCGGUCUCUCUGCCCACGAGACAGUAUCAUAACGACGGUGCCUACAAUCAUCUUCGUAGUCCUGUGUGCCAAGACGAAAGUCAAAGAGACGACACGCCGCCACCACCUCACAGCCAUAGCACCCAACCGCCAACUUCUCACUCUAGUACUCCAAACAGCAAUACCAACAAUAACAAUAACGACAACAAUGCCAACAACGCGUACAUCCAUUUACAGAAUUUAAAUCAGCUUAAAACAGAAUCGAACUACAGCAAUCAUCACAUACCGGAACAUCUCCAGGGCGGAAGUGGCGGUUUGGGCAGCGGAGGCGAUUUCGCUGGCACAGGAAGCAACGAGAGCGACUUGAGAGUCAACGCGAACGCCACGGAAAGUUACAUGACGCCGGCGCAUUAUUCGGGAUACGACGAGACUCCCGAGUAUCACGGCUUGUCGCAGGAACAUCAGGCGACGCAUCAGUACAGCUUGGACAGCUCGCCGGAAUUUUACAGCGCCAGUAAUAUUCCUCUCGAGCCCAAGUAUCAGCCGUCGCUGAGUUUCAAGAGUUAUCGAACUCGAGGCCGAUACCACCACGAGAGUUACAGCGAAAGCGGUGGAUACGGGCAGUACGAUGCAACGCCGUUUCAAACGGUUCCCGGAAGUGGAAGCGCUACUGGAGGCGGCGGCGUCAGCAGCGAACAAUGGAGCGUCGGACUCGGCGAUCAUCUGCCCCAUCAUAUGUUCCUCGCGGGACUCGGACCACGGGACUCUUCCAAUCCCCAUCAUCCCUCAUCCAUUGCCAAUAACGCGGACCAAAAGCCCUUGUUGCAGAGUCCAAUGCUCACCAGUUACACAGGCGGCGGACCAUGUUUCACCGGAUCGGGACCAAUUCAGUUGUGGCAAUUUCUGCUCGAGCUGUUGACCGACAAAUCAUGUCAGGGUUUCAUCUCGUGGACCGGAGACGGCUGGGAAUUUAAAUUGACCGAUCCGGACGAGGUCGCUCGUCGUUGGGGAAUUCGCAAGAACAAACCCAAGAUGAAUUACGAAAAGCUGAGCCGGGGGUUACGCUACUACUACGACAAGAACAUUAUACACAAAACUGCUGGCAAGCGAUACGUGUAUCGCUUUGUAUGUGACUUACAAGGUUUAUUAGGACACACUCCUGAGGAGUUACACGCAAUGGUGGACUUGAAGCCCGAGAAGAAGGAAGAAGACUGAGUUUUUGUUAACGGUCAAUCAUGCUGUAGGACUGUGUCCCCGCCGAUAUGUGAAAUGUAACGAAUAAAAAAAAAAAAAAUAUUCUUCGCUUUGAAGAUGCAAGAAAAACUAAGGAGCACGGGAAACUGGAGGAUAAAGUAUCCCAGUAAAACACUAUGAAUUAACUCUUAAACGUAAUAUCCAGAUGCAGAAGACUGUGAUAGUGCGUCUUCUUUGUUCAGACAUUUAUAAACAAAAAAAUCGAAUCGGUCAUACGUACCAAAGACAGGGUCUGCAUACCAUUCGUGCCUAAAGUUAAAUAAAUAAAUCGGAGAAAUUUGUUUUUAAGUAAUUAAUUUGUCGUAUAAACAGAUUUUAGAGAAUAUGUAUAGGAACUUGUCAAUUUAUAUACAUACAUACAUAUAUAUAUAUAUAUAUAUAUAAAUAUAUAUAUAUUUUUCAUGUUACAUGAUUUUUCCAUUCUUUUAAGCACAUCGCAAGACAGAGAGAGAGAGAGAGAGAAAGUUGGUGAUACCGCUAAAUUAUUUAUAUCACUAUCAUUUUUUUGACAUGUGUGUUAUAUCUCGUUGCUAUUGAUUGAAUAGUUGACUCUCGAUAUGUGAUUGUUAUUAUACCAUAUAAUUUUAAUAAUUAUAAAUAAAAGCAACAAUAUCGUAUGCUAUCAUUACGUAGCGAGCUUCGCGAUUCGAUACACUGUCGUGCUUUUUUUUUGUAUGUAUAAAUUAAUUUAGAUUGUUAAAUUAAAAAGAUUUUUUAACCGUUUACUUUUUUCUU